CAUCGCUUUCACUCUGGCCAAAACGAAAGUGCUGUAAUGAAACAAGUCAAAUAACCAUUAAAGAUCUACAUAUGAAUCUCUGACCGCUUAUAUACAAAUAUAAUUAGCUUAGGUGUAAUCGCUAGUCAACGAUCUUAACCAUCAUAGUUAAUAAAAAAGUCGUCACCGAUCAUUUUGACCAAUCUCCAUAAAAUCCCCAAAAACCCAUCCACGAAACAAAAGGCCUUAAUUUGUUGUUAUUUUUGUUAGUCUAUCGUCAAAACCCAAUGUCCAUCUCUCUUCUCCACAUCGGCUUCGUCGUCUUCUCCGUCGUUGGCCUCCCGUCGUGCUUCUCGGCCGAUCAACAGUACGAGCAGUGCCUCUCACCUCUGAGAUGCGGAUCUAAUUCGGAGGUGUUUCCGAACAUUACUUACCCAUUUUGGGGCAAUAACAUCGGCAAGCCCGAUUUCUGCGGCCAAACAGAGUUCGAGCUUUACUGUAAGGAGAAUCACCUAACUCUGGAGAUUGAGAAUCUCAGUCUUCGAAUUAUUUCCGCGAAUCUGGACGACAAGACAGUCACCCUUGCCGAUGAGAGUGUGUUCGAGGGUGGUUGCCCAAAAACUUUGAACUUCAAAGGGGAUGAUCAGUUUUCUUUAAACCCUACCACCGACACGAUGGACCUUUUCAUUUGCUCUUCCGAUUACUCGGUCCAAUCGUUGUCUACGAUUACUUGCCAAGAAAGCAACAAAAGCAUGAGGACAUAUCACGCCUUUGGAUCGUCUAAUCCUCCCCAGAAUUGCGACAAGGUUGGAGAAAUUCCGAUGCUUGCGUCUUAUAAGACCGUUCUUCACCAGUCGAAUGGCUCGAAUCAAGCGUUGAAGAUGGCCUUGGAAAAAGGGUUCGAUUUGAGGUACAAAUUAGAAGAUCAGAUCUGCGAGGGUUGUACCAGUUCCAGUGGGAUAUGUGGUUCGGAGUCACGGUCGGGAGAUUUCCGCUGUCUGUGUGCAGACAGGCCUCACAAUUCCUCCUGUAACAUCAACGAUAACCAAGGUUAGUCCUUUAUCAUUUAGAAUCAAGGUCUAGCUCUUGCAGUCCCAAUUUUGUUGUUGUAUGUGAUUACAUUUAGUCAGAUUAUUGACACCACAAGUUCGUCAAAACGAUUCUGCACAUAGACUCAAGAACGUAUACUUUGACCAAUCGUGAUUUGACCCAACCUUUUAAAUCAUCUUUUUAAUACCCACUUGACUUUUUCAACAUGGUUUUACGUGUCCUGUUUUUCUAUCAUCAUUAAAUGUAGGAUAAACAGCUUGUCUUUGCACGAGACAGACUGAAUUUAAGUCUUGGGAGUUUUAAUGGGCCUUCACUAAUUAUUAUGGGCCCAGUUUGUUUUUUUUUUAAAGUCGGUCCAAGAAGAAAGUCCUAAACAAUAUUAGCGGGGAAUUUAAUGAAAGUAUAAUUUUCCUUGUGUUUGAAGUUUCUGCAAGUAGGCCGACCCUAAAACCGACCCGCUCUUGACCAAAAAUUUAUUAUUUCCAUUACAUGACUUUUCUAAUUUUCGAAAAUAAAUAAUUAAGAGCACUAAAUUAUCAUUUGUAAAGCUUUUGUGGGUCAUCUUCAACCUUAGAAAGACAAAUAAACAUUUCAGUCUUUAAGUGGGACAAUUUGCAGCCUUUAUUUUCUUUGUCCACAGAAAUUAGUGUUAAUACUCUUUGCACACACUAGUUGAACAACUCCAACUCUCACCCACUCCUUUGAAAACCUUUUUUAGUUUGUUUGCUUGUUUGUUUGUUUGCUCUUCUCUCUCUCUCUUUCGUUCUCUUCUUCUUGUUCUUUAUCUCAUUUUCUUGUUUGCAUCCUUAAAAUGACUCCUCCAUGUUUCAUCUACACAUCACUUCACAAAAUCUUCGUCACUUUCAUCUUCCACUUCAUACUAUUAGCGACCGAAACCUUCUCUCUUGAUCCAAAGUUUGAGGCUUGUGAGCCUCAAUCAUGUGGCAAAGGUCCCGAGAUCUCCUUUCCAUUCUAUCUAUCAGGAAGGCAAGAAUCUUUUUGCGGCUAUCCCAGUUUCGAGCUCAGUUGUGACGAUGAACAAGAGCUCCCUGUUCUCGGGAUCUCCGGUGAGGAUUACGUCAUCAACAACAUAUCUUAUUUGACACAGUCGUUACAGGUCGUGAACUCAAGGGCGUCUCGUGAUCCAUGCCCGAGCCCUAUGCAUAAUCUUACCCUCCAUAGGACUCAUUUCUCUGUGAUCUCUUCUCAUAUAAAUUUCUCCAUAUUUUACAAUUGCUCCGACCACCUGUUGGAGGAUUUUACGACAUACCCUCUUACUUGUUCUGGCAACGCGAGUCUUCGAUCUUUUGGGGUCUUCGGGAGGGAAAGUCUGGGAAAAGAGAAUAAAAGUGCAUCCGGGUCGUGCCAGAAACAAGUCGACGUUCCUGUUUCAGCUAGUGGCGAGUCUGGUGUAAAUCUGUUUGCUGGCAUGCCUUAUACCGAGAUUUUGAAGAGGGGUUUUAUUCUGAAUUGGACUGCACACAGUUGCUUCCGCUGCAAUAGCAGCGGCGGGCGAUGUGGAACUGUCGAUAAAGAAUUCGUUUGCUUGUGUCCUAAUGGACCUAACAUUCAUGAUAAUUGCAGAUAUGGUCUACGUCGUGAUCCAAAUGUGAACCGGAAGAUCGCCAUAGGUGUUGCCGCUGGAGCCGUGGGGUUAACAGUAGCGAGCAUCUUCUGGUUUGUGUACCAUCGUAGAAAAACCAAAAGUUACAGAACUUCUUCAGCAUUGCUUCCAAGAAACCUCUCCUCAGAUCCAUCUUCAAAGUCUUCCGACGUUGAGAAAGCAGAGGAGUUGUUGGUCGGAGUUCGUCUCUUCUCUUACGAAGAGCUCGAAGAGGCCACUAAUAACUUCGACCCAUCUAAAGAACUCGGUGAUGGAGGCUUUGGCACUGUCUAUUACGGUAAGCUUAAAGAUGGACGAAGCGUAGCCGUGAAACGGCUGUUCGACAACAACUUUAAAAGAGCAGAGCAAUUCAGGAACGAAGUUGAGAUCUUAACGGGUUUACGCCAUCCGAACCUCGUGGCUCUCUUUGGCUGCUCCUCAAAACAGAGCCGGGACUUACUGCUAGUGUACGAGUAUGUUGCAAACGGCACGUUAGCUGAUCAUCUACAUGGUCAACAGGCUAACCCGAGCUCACUCCCUUGGUCCACUCGGCUCAAAGUCGCUGUUGAAACCGCCUGUGCCUUGAAGUAUCUCCACGCCUCCAAGAUCAUCCACCGUGAUGUUAAGUCCAAUAACAUCCUACUCGACCAAAACUUCAAUGUCAAGGUUGCGGAUUUCGGACUCUCGAGGCUGUUUCCGAUGGAUAGAACACACGUAUCAACCGCUCCGCAAGGAACUCCAGGCUAUGUCGAUCCAGAUUACCACCUAUGCUAUCAACUCUCCAACAAAAGCGACGUGUACAGCUUCGCGGUAGUGCUGAUGGAGCUUAUCUCCUCGCUUCCAGCUGUCGACAUCACAAGACCGCGACAAGAGAUCAACCUCUCGAACAUGGCAGUCGUCAAAAUCCAGAACCACAAACUCCACGAAAUGGUGGAUCCUUCACUCGGUUUCGACACGGAUGCAAGAGUGAGACAGACGGUGAUCGCCGUAGCUGAGCUGGCGUUCCAAUGCUUGCAGUCGGAUAAAGAUCUUAGACCGUGUAUGUCGCACGUACUGGAGACGCUGACAAGGAUACAGAACAAUGGGUGUGGUUCGGAAACGGAUGUUGUUGCAGAUGUGAGUAAGAGUGGACCGUUGGUUGCACAGUCUCCUGAUAGUGUAAUUGUGAAAUGGGACAGUAAGUAAAUUAGUCACACGGUCACUAACAUUUUUAUGUGUUUGUAAAUGUUUUAAAUUGUUAACUAACAGUUAGAAUUUGGUGUUCGUGUUCUGUAAUACAUGAUAUUUUUGGUAAUGUAUAUGAUCUGAGUUUCAUAAACAAAUAACUUACUCUUGAAG